CUAAUGGCAGAGGCUGCAGGGAAACCCAUCCUUUGCUGCGGCUGCUACGCUGAAGGACGGUCCUCAGAGAAGUUGGAGGUUGCCCCACCAUCUCCAGGACAACUGAAACAUGUGUUCUUCCACAAUGCAGUACCUUUUGUAGGGUUUGGAUUUUUGGAUAACGCAAUUAUGAUUGCUGCGGGAACCCAAAUAGAAUUGUCAAUUGGAGUUGUCCUAGGAAUUUCAACUAUGGCAGCUGCAGCUUUGGGAAACCUUGUUUCAGAUUUAGCUGGACUGGGUCUUGCAGGUUAUGUAGAAGCUUUAGCUUCACGACUGGGUCUGUCUAUCCCUGAUUUAACUCCCAAACAAGCUGAUAUGUGGCAAACGCGUCUCAGCGCACACUUGGGUAAAGCUAUUGGAGUGACCAUUGGCUGCAUUUUAGGAAUGUUUCCUUUGUUGUUCUUUGGCGAUGAGGAAGAAAAACUGGAAGAAAAAAAAUAACCUUUUUACAAGACAUAUACAAAUGUAAACUACUGUACCUCAAUUACUCGAUUACGCUGUCAAUAUUUAGGAAUUAACAGACAGUAACAAAUGUAUAGACUUGGGAACAAAACCUUCAGCAUGUCGUUUUAUGGAAACACUAAUUUAUUGUGGCGUUGUUGUGUUCAGUACUUCUUUUUAUAAGAUAUCAUCUAACUUUUUAUUUAAUUGUAAAUUUUUUAAGUGUUUUCACUUAUGGCAAAAUGUUUACCACUUUCCCCUUUGACCUUAUUCUUUAAUGGGUUAUUACUCUAAUAAUCCACCGUGGGUGACAGUAUAACUCUUGAGUUGCAUAUUGGUUGCUUAACAGAUGUAAUUGCAUGACAAAAAUCUCACUGCUGUUCAUCAGGUCCUUCAAUGCAGAUUAUUAAGGAGGUCAGUGAUGAGUAAUUUGAAGUCCCUCACUUUGCAAGAUGUCUGGUUGCCCCCUGCCCAGCCAUUGUUUUGCACUGCCUUUAGAUUAGAUUCUUCGGUGAUCUAUGACAGUCUAGUUUGCAUUUUUUCACAACUCUGAUUAAGUGUAUCUGAAUCGUCUUCUGAGACGAUCAUUUUAAGGAUUUCACAAGGUAAGUGUUUCCAGCGUAGGCUCUUUACCAAGUCCAUUUUUCAGUGGUGGUUUAACACCUUCUAUACUUCUAUAUUCGCCUCUGUUUUUCCUUUGUAAACAAUAUAUUGAGAAUUGAGAUAUCUUAAAUUUGUCUUCCUGCGUUUUGAGUGUGGUAUUAAAGAAUUCAGAGCAUCUGUUUCAAAAGUCCAAACAACUGGUUUUUUUUACUGUUCUGCUUAAAACAAGGUGUGAAUAGUUAAUUGGGUGGAUGAGG